AUGGCACAAACAGUAUUCGGUGCCACCAUGGUCGAUUUGCAAUACUUACUCCGCACCACUACAACACUGAUAUCCCUGAGCCAAACGGCCAGCGGUGUGGGCUUUUUGGUCGGUUCGCUAUCUGGCUUUCUAUACAAAUACAUCAACCGGCAACUGACCAUCGUGGUAAUGGUAUCCAUGAUGGCCAUAUUUGGGGGUCUAUAUCCGUGGUGUCCGUCUAUAUGGUGGCUGUAUGGGGCCAGCGCUGUGGGUGGUGUGGGCGCCGGCGCCUGGGACUCGGCCUCCAGCAUAUGGAUGGUAGAGAUGUGGGCCCACAAUAGCGGACCACUAUUGCAGAUAUUGCAGUGUAUGUACGGCUUGGGCUCCAUUGUUGGCCCACUCAUUGUCGGCCAAUACGUGUUGGGAGAUAUGGCCUGUGAGGGCACAGAUGGUGACACUACUACAACCCAAGCGCUGGGCGACACCACCACAGCGUUAAUCCUAAUCACCACAACCGAUAUUAAUUACUCGGUGGACAGGGGGUCGAGACUGAAACCACCCUUCGCUAUCAUUGCCGUAUUGGGAGUGAUUGCGCCAAUAGCACUACUAAUACUGUUCAUAGUUAAGCGAUACCGAGCGCCGCAACCCGCGAACACCACAUCGGACAUCGGGAGUGUCCACUCGGACGACCCGGUAGUGGUUGUUGAGCUCCGGGGGUCCAAAUCGGACCGAAUAAUCUUGAUCAUAAUCAUGUCACUCACAUUCAUCACGUACUCGGGCUUCGAGUUGAUGCACUUUACCUACUCGUCCACAUACUAUCAGUACAAACACAUACUGUCGGCCAAAACGGCCACUACUGUACUCUCGCUAAUGGCCGCCACAUUCACCGCCGGCCGUUUAGUUGCGGCCGUAGUGGCCAUAAAUGAGGCCGGUGUCCAAUACUAA